CGCUUGGAACUUGAGUGAACUAUCGGAGCAAGAGGCAUGAGUGCAACGUUAGUUUUGAUCCAGAAACUAACAGCAGACAAAUUAGCUGUCUAUAAUUCCGAUACUUAUCUCUAAAGCAGCAAUCUGUAGACCUUGAUGGCGGAACCCCAAAGGACUGAAUCCUUGUAGGACAACUGUUUUGCUGCUGGUGGCUAAAGGAUCUGUCUGUUGAUAAUGAACCCCAUGAUUUGCAACAUUCACAUAAGUUUUGAGAGGACAGCACGGAGGAGAAUCUCUCAGGACUAAGUGAAGACCUCCCUGCUGAGGAAGUGUGAAACAUGCCCUUGCCAUUUGGCUUAAAACUCAAAAGGACUAGAAGGUAUACUGUUUCAAGCAAGAGCUGCCUUGUCACUCGGAUUCAGCAGCUCAAUGGAGAGUUUGUUGAGUUUACACUUUCAGUGGAGAGCACAGGGCAGGAAUGUUUGGAGGCAGUUGCCCAGAGACUUGAGUUAAGAGAGAUAACAUACUUCAGCCUGUGGUACUUCAACAAGCAGAACCAGCAGAGAUGGACUGACUUGGAGAAGCCCCUGAAAAAGCAGCUGGACAAGUAUGGGCUGGAGCCCACCGUUUACUUUGGAGUCGUGUUUUACAUACCCAGUGUCACCCAACUGCAACAGGAGAUCACAAGAUAUCAGUAUUACCUACAGCUCAAGAAGGAUGUUCUGGAGGGCAGGAUCUCAUGCUCACUAGAACAAGCUAUACGUUUAGCUAGCCUGGCAGUGCAAGCUGACUUUGGAGACUUCGAUAGAUAUGAUUCCCAGGAGUUCCUCCAGAAGUUUGUGCUAUUCCCUAUUGACUGGAUUCAGGAUGAGCGAGUGCUGGAAGAGGCCACUCAGAAAGUGGCUCUGCUUUAUCAGUCCUUCAGGGGUUUGUCAGCAGCAGAAGCAGAGAUGUUGUACAUGCAGGAGGUGGAGAAAAUGGAGGGCUACGGCCAGGAAAGCUAUCAAGCCAAGGACAGCACCGGCACAGAUGUUACCCUUGGAUCCUGUCUUGAUGGCAUCUUUGUCAAGCACAAAAACGGAAGGCCACAUCUUUUAUUUAGGUGGAAUGAAAUUAACAACAUGAGUCACAACAGGUCCUUCUUUGCCCUCGAGCUAGCCAACAGAGAGGAGAGUGUUCAGUUCCAGACCGAAGACAUGGAAACCUCCAAAUAUGUGUGCCGGAUGUGUCUGGCCAGACUCAAGUUUUAUAAGAUUAACAAGAGUAGCCUAGAGGAGUGUGACCCCCUGCCUUCUGAGGGCUCCCAGAAGUCCCUUCUCACUCUAUCCUUUCCUCGCUUUCCAAUGCUCUCUCGUCCCUCUCUACCUUCUAAUAAGGGCCAAACCCAGCCCACAGUUGUAAACCCAAUCAGACGGAGAUCCUCGACCAGAAUAUCUCUGCCAAAGCCUCAGGCCUACAUGAUGCCCCCUCCACAGAUGCACUACAAUGGCCAUUACACAGAGCCUUACACAUCAUCACAGGACAACCUGUACAUGAACAGUCAGAACGGUUUUUACUACCACUCUCAGACCAGCCUGGACUGCCCUCCUCUGGAAUACAGCAGCGGAGGGCGUUUACGGAACGGCAGCGUCUACAGCGCCCACAGCACCAGCUCUCUAACCAAUCCUCAACACUACCUUCAGCCUUCUCCCAUGUCCUCCAACCCUUCUAUCACCAGUGAUAUCACCAGGCCGGACUACAUCCCCUCGCAUCGCCACAGCGCUCUCAUCCCACCUUCCUACCGCGCCACUCCUGAUUAUGAGACAGUGAUGCGUCAGAAGAACCGAGGAGCGGGAGGAGGGAUGGUUUUGUCACAAGAGCACCGGCAGAGUCACUCCAUGAGGAACCUGAACAUUGGAAAUUCCUACGCCUACAGCAGACCAGACCCUCUAGUUUACAGCCAGCCAGAGAUCAGGGGAGAGCACGGUGGAACAGCCCAACACCACCACUAUCCCUUCCAUCUGGGCUCCAGUUUCCACAGCCCCUCUCCAUACCCCUACCCUACAGAGAGGAGGCCCGUGGUGGGGGCGGUUAGUGUCCCUGAGCUCACUAAUGUCCAGUUACAACAAGCCCAGGAGUAUCCAGCCCCCAACAUCAUGAGAACACAAGUGUACCGACCACCUCCGCCCUACCCAUACGCCCAUCCUCGGCCUGCAAACAGCACACCUGACCUGUCACGUCACCUGUAUGUCAGCAGUAGCAACCCAGACCUGAUCAUCACGAGGCGUGUGCACCACUCAGUCCAGACUUUCCAAGAGGACAGUUUGCCUGUUGCUCACUCUUUACAGGAGGUGUCAGAGCCUCUUUUCAGCGGACCCCCUCACAGACACCCAUACCACGCUCAGAAGCGUAACUCCAUUGAGAUUGCUGGAUUGGCUCAUAGUUUCGAAGGGAUGAGGGUCAAAGAGCAGAAUGUGUCUUCCUCAGCAGCAGAAACUGCCACGCCCCCUCCCGGCCUGCAUGGCGGUCGCUCUCAGGGCUCACAGCUCAACAUGUUCUUGGAACGUACAAAGACAGAGGAUAGCGACGACAUUAAGCAGGACGUGCAGUAUGGGCACAAGAAGUCCCUUUCAGAUGCCACCAUGCUGGUUCACAGUAGUGGUGAAGAAGAGGAGUUUGAGGACGAUAGUGGACGUCACACUCCACUUUCUCAGGACGCAAUUGCAGCCAUUGUUCCUGAGCACGGGCCCCAACAGCAUCACAGCCUGACAUCUCUCUCCUCUCUGCCGCCUCAGCCGCAGACACCCAUAGAGCCUCCUCCUGCGUAUCCCAUAGGCUCCUCCCUCGACCCCUCUAUAACUGGCUCCUUGACGUACAAGGUUCACCCCCUGAUCCAGGAAGGCGAACCUCUAUACAUGUUGUCAGAUUUACGACAGCCCAGGAUUAUGCCCUCGGUCUCAGAGGGAGACCUGAGCGGCCAGGCCAAGCAGAAGACUAAAACAGACUUCAAGAAGAGGCCUGUGUCUGAUGUGCCUGCAGGAAAGAAAACAGUGGAAGGUCUGCCCCCUCCAGGCAUGAAGAAAGGAGCUAGGUCAGAGGUGAAGAAGAUGGGCCCUCUAAAGGUGGCUAAGCUCAACGGCCUGUCAGUGUCCAGGCAGCCAAUGCACGACGAGGUUAAGGAUGAGCCUGAACGAGCCUCCAAUGACGAGAGGUGUAAAUGGCUGGAACAGCACAUGGACAGGGGAGAGCUGUUGAAAGAGUACGAGAAAAUCCCAAAGCGUCCGGGAGGCGAGUACACCGUCGCCCAGCUGCCAGAGAGCGGAGACAAAAACCGCUUCCAGGACGUCCUCCCUUACGACAGCAACCGAGUGGAGCUGGUUCCCACAAAAGAGAACAACACAGGAUACAUAAACGCAUCACAUAUUAGAAUAACAGUAGCGGGACAAGAGUGGAGCUACAUCGCAACGCAGGGUCCCAUGUCGAACACGUGUCAGGACUUCUGGCAGAUGGUGUGGGAGCAGGGUGUCUCCAUCAUCGCCAUGGUCACUGCCGAAGAGGAGAACGGCCGAGAAAAGAGCUUCCGCUACUGGCCACGGCUUGGCUCACGACACAACACGGUGACGUACGGGCGCUUCAAAAUCACCACCCGGUUCCGCACCGAGUCCGGCUGCUACGCCACCACUGGGCUUAAGAUCAAACACCUCCUGACAGGCCAAGAGAGGACUGUCUGGCACCUGCAGUACACAGACUGGCCUGAUCACGGCUGUCCUGAGGACUUCAAAGGCUUCCUCACCUACCUAGAGGAGAUCCAGUCUGUGAGGAGGCACACAAACAGCAUCAGUGACCCAAAGAACACCAACCUACCUGUACUGGUCCACUGCAGUGCCGGGGUGGGACGGACCGGAGUGGUCAUCCUAUCUGAGAUCAUGAUAGCAUGUAUAGAGCACAAUGAGCCACUGGAUGUCCCAGAGGUCCUACAGAAGCUGCGCUCUCAGAGGAUGAUGAUGGUUCAGACUUUGUCACAGUACAACUUCAUCUACCGGGUCCUCAUCCUGUACCUCCGCAACUCCAGGCUGAUAUGAGCACAGGCGUCUGUCCGGCCCGUCGACGUACACUGUCAUCACAGAUGAGUUCAGGGUGGAAUUUGCUCCAGGUUUAUGCCAAACUGCACUGCGAUGAUGUAGCCGUGUAAAUCUGUUUAAAUGUAGUGGUCGGUAUGUGGUGGACCCUACUUUCGGCCAAGUAUUAAAUCAGGUAAGGCUGAAGGAACCAUGUGCGAAUAUACAAAAGAGACACAAGGCCACAUAAAGGAGCAUAAGGACUUAUAACCUGCCUCUAAAUAGUAUUAUAUUAUUUUUUACAUACAUUAUUGCUUAAUAAAGCCCAGCACUUUUACAGUACUUUGCUGUACAUAUUGAACUAAUGUUAAGCUGCAUAAAAAAAAAAACAUCUUUAUUAUAGACGUUAUUGAAAACAGUUGAUUUAUUUUCAUUUGACUAAGGACGCUUUUCAAAUGAGUAUGUUUUGGAUUGCUGUUGCUAUUGGUUCUUAUAAUGAAGGACUUUUUUAUUGUAAUGAACAAAAGCUCAGAAAUAGAGCUCAAGGAUGCAGUUAAAUUGAGGCGCUUGCACCUAAAAUAGUCAAGAGUGUGCUUUUCUUGUCUUUGUGAAAGAUCCUUACUGCCCAGCCAGGCAUCUGUCACCUUUUAAAAAAAACUCCUGCUGAAACUAAGAGUAGUGGGAGAGGAUGGAUCGGUCUCUGUAAAACACUGGUUUGAUAGGAAGCAGAAACAUUGCACAGGUUUGGGAAAUCUGUAGUUGAGGAGCGAGGGAAGAGAACGUCAGCAGGGUUUUUGGGUUGAGAGUAAAACUGGAACAUUAAAUUUUAUACUCAUAUUUUUUUUUUUUAUCAUGAGAACUGUUAAGAAUUUCAACUCAGAGUGCUGUAUUUGAGCGAUCUACUUUAAAAUCUAUUUUUAAGACAAAGUGCCUAAAUAUCUGCGUUGUAAAGUUGAAAGCGUUGUGUAUUUUUGCAUAAUAUGAAGGAAAUGUAGACAUUUUUCUCAGUGUCAUUUAUUGCUCGUUUUGCAUUUAUUGCAGUGAUAUGUUAGUAAUGCCAUUUGAUACAUUUGAAAAACAUCCCUGCAAAAAAAAAAAAAAGGAUUGCAAAUGAUAAUAUUCACGAAUUGAGCUCAGAUCCCUAAAGUUGGAACAGAUGAGCCUUCAUUUUAAUGCAAGUCUGUCAGAAGACCUAGUCAGGAAACAGGAGGCCAUGUGACCUAACAGUUGCAGUCAGUGUGCUGUGUUUUACGUCACCCCUGCUGGCUGUGACGCUCAGUAUUAACAUGAAGCACAAAGUCUGAGGAACAGACUAUCUCCAGUUUCAGUAUUCUGGCUGUCAUGCUUGUUUUCUGUCCCUCUGCUGUUACAAAUGGCCUCCUGACUAUUAAUGAACACUUAUGCAAUCGCACUCAACUGGAGCCGGACACAGUAUGUGUCUAUUUCCUGCUCCAGCUGUAAGUAGUAUUUUACAGAUUUAAAAGCACUGCAGAGUUUACAGUAAGUGAAAUAUCUUUUUAAUUAUUUCUAUUUGAUAUAAACUGCAGCUUUGCAAUUCAAGGCGUAUGCUUAAUUUAUAAUGAGGCCAAAGUGAAGAGUUUGUCCCUAAUUUUUCUUACCCUGAUAUUUUUUUUUUUUUUUUUUUUUUUUUUUUUUUUUUUUUUUGUUGACAAGUUUUUGGAGUCAAAGACGCAAAAAAAAAACUGGAGAAAACACAGCUGAUAGUGAUAUAUAUUGUAACACCUGUAAUUUUGGAAUUUGCUUGAGAUUUUGUGUUUUCGGUUUUAAGAUACUGAUUGAGUCUUAGUGUGGAGACUGAAAAGAGUGACUUUUGCGGCCAAGAUGUAACUCAUUUGUCCAUGUACAGGUAUGUUGUUCAUAAUGUACACAGUGUAAAAUUCUGCUUUAAUGAAUAUUGGUUAUUGUACAAACUAUGUAUAAACUGUAUCUAUUGAAAAAAAAUGGUAUGCCAUUGGAAAGUGUAGAAUAUCUUUUCAGCCAAGAAUAAAUAUUCGGAAAUAACUGUCA